CGAAUGAGAAGGAAAAAUAAGGAGAAAUAAAAAAACCGCAAAAAUUAAAAUACUGCACGCUUGUUGUUUCCACUUCCCUUUCCCCGCCGCUCUCUUUUUCUCUGUGUUUAUUUUUUAUUUUUCAUUUUGAUUUUUCACUUCUCUUGAAUCUACAUUUCCAUUUUAAUUCUCUUUUUUUUUUUGCUCUGAAAAACAAAACAAAACAAAAAAAGAUCUUGCUGUUGUUGUUGUUAUGAAGUGUCUCUGUUUCUGACACCAAACCUCUCUUUCUACCCAAGUCUUCUUUUCUUCUUCUUCUACUAAACUUAAGCUAGUUGACACACUAAAGUAGUUAUCUUUCAACUUCACUGUCUAUUUCCACUCUUGGGGUUGUUACAUUUUCUUCAUUCUUCAAUUCUUCCUUAAGCUUUCUCUCUUUUCUUUAGUUUUCUUUUUCUGUUUCUUGAUAACCCCAUUUCUCCAAAUUCAGUUAUUUUCUUGUUUCUAUAAGUACUUGGGGAACUUGUAUUUUGAUGGGUUCUUUCAGCUUUAGGUCUUAGAGGAUUGCAUCUUCAAAAAGAAAAAUGAGAACUUGGGUUUUAUUUGGAGUUCUUGGUAUUGUUGGACUGUUUUUUCUGACAUGUGAUGCUUUUCCAUCAAAUGAAGUUUAUGCUCUAAAUAACUUCAGGGAAGCUAUAUAUGAAGACCCUUUUAUGGUAUUCUCAAAUUGGAAUACUUUAGAUUCAGAUCCUUGUGGGUGGUCUGGAAUUGUUUGCUCAAUGGGGGGAGACCAUGUCAUAAAAAUUAACAUUUCUGCUGCUUCAUUGAAGGGGUUUCUUUCACCGAACUUGCAAUUUAUUUCUUCUUUGGAGGAACUGAUAUUGCAUGGAAAUGUACUGAUUGGUACAAUACCAAAGGAGAUUGGAUUGUUGCAAAACUUAAAGGUCUUGGAUUUGGGUUCUAACCAGCUCACAGGACCAAUUCCUCUUGAGCUUGGCAAUUUGUCAAACAUUAUAAAAUUAAACCUUGAAUCCAAUGGAUUAACGGGUAAAUUGCCCUCUGAGCUUGGUAAAUUGAUAUACCUUCAGGAACUUCGUCUGGACAGAAAUAAACUCAAAGGAACACUGCCUGCCAGCAAUGGCUCAAAUUUUACAUCCAGUGCGCAUGGGAUGUAUGCUUCUGGUGCCAAACCUACUGGGCUUUGUCGUUUAUCUCAACUCAGAGUUGCUGAUUUCUCCUUCAACUUCUUCUUUGGCAGCAUACCGAAGUGUCUGGAUUACCUUUCAAAAACUAGCUUUCAAGGAAAUUGCCUUCAAGCAAAAGAUCCCAGGCAGCGUUCUACUUCUUUAUGUGGAGACACCCCACCUGCCAAGAGCCAUCCAGCACAGAGCAAUACUAAGCAUCGGUCUAUUGAAGGAAGAGCAGGACAUCAGUCUGCUUCAAAGCCGACCUGGCUUUUAGUUUUAGAAGUGGUAACCGGAGUUAUUGCAGGUUCUCUCUUUCUUGUGGCCAUUCUGUCUGCCAUUCAGAAGUGUAAGAACAAAUCUUCAAUCAUCCCUUGGAAGAGAUCAGCAAGUAUGAAUGACCAUAUGACAGUUUAUGUAGAUACCGAAAUGCUAAAGGAUGUUGUAAGAUACAGCAGACAAGAACUUGAGGUAGCUUGUGAAGAUUUCAGCAAUAUUAUCGGAUCCUCACCAGAUAGCUUGGUCUAUAAAGGAACUGCAAAAGGUGGACCUGAAAUUGCUGUAAUUUCUCUCUGUGUCAAAGAAGAGCAAUGGACCACCUAUCUAGAGCUUUAUUUUCAGAAAGAGGUAGCGGAAUUGGCCAGAAUAAAUCACGAGAACACUGCAAAACUUCUAGGUUACUGCAGAGAGAGCAGUCCGUUCACAAGGAUGUUGGUGUUUGAAUAUGCAUCUAACGGGACUUUAUAUGAACACCUUCAUUAUGGAGAAGGAUGCCAACUUUCUUGGACGCGCCGAAUGAAAAUAGUUAUUGGCAUCGCUAAAGGACUAAAAUAUCUCCAUUCAGAACUUGACCCACCAUUCACUAUAUCAGAACUGAAUUCAAAUGCUGUAUAUCUCACAGAAGAUUUUUCUCCCAAGCUUGUUGAUUUUGAAAGUUGGAAAAGAAUAUUGUCCAGAUCAGAAAAGAAUUCUGGUGCUAUCAGUAGUGAAGGAGCAAUGUGUGUCCUUCCAAAUUCUCUAAGGAGCUAUCAUCUUGACAUCCAGGGUAACAUCUAUGCAUUUGGAGUACUAUUGCUCGAAAUAAUCAGUGGGAGACCUCCAUAUUGCAAAAACAAAGGGUGCUUAGUAGAUUGGGCCAAAGAAUUCCUCGAAGUGGUGCCAGAGGUACUGCCAUACAUUGUAGAUCCGGAGUUGAAACAUUUCAAAUAUGAAGACCUCAAAGUGAUUUGUGAAGUGGUCAAUCUCUGCAUCCGCCCAACUUCCAGUAGCAGGACUUCGAUGAAAGAUUUGUGUGCUAUGUUGGAGAGCGACAUUGACACAUCAAUAACCGCAGAGCUCCAGGCAUCGUCUUUGGCAUGGGCUGAGCUUGCACUCUCAUCCUAAUUGCCAAAGCUACAAAUCUAACCGUAUAUAUAUACAUAUAUAUUAUAGAUGUUUAAUUUUCUAGUACACUUUCUAUAUACUUUUUUUGUCAUGUCUGUGUAAUCUCUUGAUCCAUUCUCCUUUCUAAUACUUGGGAGUUAUGGUGAGUUCAUGCAAAUUUUGCAUACUAGUAGAAAGAUAUAUAUGGAGUCCAAAGGAUGCUAGUCUUGAUCCUUUGUAUACAAACUGGACCUACAAUGACUUGAGUAUUAAUAGUGAAUGAAAAAGUUAUUCAGCAA